AUGGCGGCGGCGGCUGCAGCGCGAGCGACGCGCCUGCGCGCGGCCACGCCCUCCGCCUUCCCGUCGGCCCCCGCGCGCGAAGGAGGCGUAGGGCAGCCCGGCAUGGCGGCCUACCUGACGCACCGGCAGAAGGUGCUGCGGCUCUACAAGAAGUCCCUGCGGCACCUGGAGUCCUGGUGCAUCCACCGACACAAGUACCGCUACUUUGCCUGCCUCCUGAGAGAACGAUUUGAUAAGAACAAGGAUGUGAAGGAUAUGGUGAAAGCUACAGAGCUGCUGAAGGCAGGUGAGGUGGAGUUCUGGGCAAACCAGCAUCCUCAGCCGUAUGUCUUCCCUGACUCCCCUGGGGGCACUUCCUAUGAGAGAUACGAGUGCUACAAGCUUCCUGAAUGGUGCUUGGAUUACUGGCAUCCAUCUGAGAAGGCAAUGUAUCCUGAUUACUUUGCCAAACGAGAGCAAUGGAAGAAGCUGCAGCAGGAAAGCUGGGAUAAAGAGAUUAAGCAGUUAGAAGAAGAAACUCCAGCUGAUGGUCCAAAAACUGAAGCUUUGCCUCCAGCACGUAAGGAAGGGCAUCUGCCACCCCUGUGGUGGCACUAUGUUACAAGACCUCGUGAAAUGCCGAUGUAAAAGCAUUAUUUCAUGUGAGAAUUGAAGCAGUUUAUCUUCUGUAGGCAGUUGACAUGCCAGUGAUCACAUGCUACUCUAAAUAAUACAAAAUAAACGCAAAUAAAGCAGGAGAAGGCAUUA